CAAAUUAUUUAUAUGUGUGACUAUCUCUCUCUGCCACUCUCUUUACAGAAUACAGUUUACACUCUCUAAAUUAAUGUUUACACGUGUUUUUUAAAGCUCAAAUAAAUAAAAAAAUUAAAUGUCAAAAAGUGUCUCUUAUUAUUACUCUAAAUAUUGUUAAUAAAAUCACCAAUAAAAUAGUCUAAAAUCAAUUUUAAAUGCAUACCAAGAAGAUUGGGUCAUACAGAUAUAAAAAAUAGACAAAAAGUAUAAUUAUAUCGUCCAAAGCUCAUAAACACUCUACUUUAAAUUAAGUAAUAUUAUUAUAAAUUAAAACGCACGUCAAUUUUUUUAACAACAAUUAUUUUUAUUAGCUCACAUUGUUUCAUACUUUCAUUAUGACAACAAUGAAUUAUCAAGUGCAAAUAAUAAGUGAAGAAAAGGGCAAAGGAUUAAUUGCUCUUUCUUCAUAUAAAGAUGGUGAUGAAAUAUUUACUGAAAAGCCAUUAGUAAGUUGUCAAUUUUCUUGGAAUGCUGAUUGUGGAUAUUUGGCAUGUGACAAUUGCAUGCAACCCUUGGAAACAGCUGAAGAAAAUGCAAGACGUUUGACUGGAAAUAAAAAUUUAAUAUUACCCCAUCAAGAAUGUUGUGAAACACAAAAAAAUAAAAUAACACAAUGUCCAGCAUGUGGUAUUGGCUAUUGUAGUGUCGAUUGUCUAAAUGAGGCAUAUCAAAAAUAUCAUCAAGUUGUUUGUCUUCAAUCAAGAGUAAAAGAUCCAUCAAAUCCAUUGAUUAGAUUAAAAGAAACGUGGAAACAAAUGCAUUAUCCACCAGAAACAGCAACAAUAAUGUUAAUUGCUAAAAUCAUUGCAAUUGUCAAUCAAUCACCAGACAAAGCAGCUGUAUUAUCUGGCUUCAAUGAAUUUUGUCAUAAAACAAUUAAUAAUGAUCAACAAAUUGUUCAUAAUUUAUUGGGUGAUAAAUUUAUUGGACAAAUUGAUGUGCUACGUGAAAUGAUGGAAUACACCAUCAACACUGAACAUGUACCACAUUGGACAACACCAGAGGGUUUUAGAAGUUUAUUGGGAUUAAUUGGUACAAAUGGCCAAGGUAUUGGAACAAGUGCAUUUUCAAGAUGGGUUAAAAAUGUAACAGCACUUGAAUUGCCAGCAGAUGAACGUAUUCAUGUUGAUAAAUUUAUCGAUCAGCUAUAUGAUCAAAUGGAUGAAGUUGCUGGAUCAUUUUUAAAUAAUGAAGGAUCUGGUUUGUAUGCUCUUCAAUCAUCAAUUAAUCACAGUUGCUCACCAAAUGCAAUUAUUGAAUUUCCAUAUUCAAAUAGUACACUUGUUGUCAAGGCAAUUAAAAAUAUUCAACCUGGUGAAGAAGUAACUAUUGGAUAUUUAGAUGAAUGUGAAUUGGAACGAAGUCGACAUUCACGACAGAAAGCAUUGAGUUCACUUUAUUUAUUUAAAUGUCAAUGUGACAAGUGUAUCGACCAAGCUGAUGAUCCUGAUGUAACAUCUGAUGAUGAUGAUGACGAGGAUGACGAUGACAUGUCUUCUGAUUGA